AGGAAUCUUGCAGCAGAUAUUUGCAACUUCUUAGCUCUCCCCAUUAGGGCCAUAAUGAUUUUCUUUCUGUCUUCAGAUUCACUGUGUUAGUAAAAUAUAUUUUUUUUUUAUUUGGAGAUGCUGCCUCUGUUCCAGUUAUUUAAAUCUGUACUUUUUCAGCACAUUCAUGUAGUAGUCAUUCUCAGUUAAGAUGUGAGGUUACACAAACAGUGCAUACUUAUAUGAACGUUGCAGUAACCAGUUAUGAGGGCAAUUUUGUGUCAGAUAAAAAUUAGUCUUGCUGGGUGACAAGAUUUUGUUUGCAGAGGGGAUUUUCAGAUAUGUAAUAUACUUGUGUAUUUUGUUGGUAUUUCUAUACAGGUCUCCAGAUUUUGCAGUGUUAUCAAACUUAUCACAGUGUUUUAAAAAGUUUUACUUUCUCAUUGUCGUAAUUGUUUCAUAAUUUCCUAUGAAUUUUCUAGUUAGUGAAGGAGUAUUUGUUUUAUGCUUGUAAGCAGGCAUGAUGUUCCCAUUGUAGAGUGGGGUGCUGACUGUGAUGUGUUGACCUUGUGGUGACUGAUUUACCCAUUUGUAUACAAUUUUUGUGUGUUGCAAAAGUAGGCAACUGGUUGGCUGUGGACUGUAUGACGGAAUUUACGCUGUAACCAACAGUUUUACAAAGCAAGUUGUCAGUUUGUAUGUGUGUAAUGGAGUGUACAUAUAGACACAAGUAAAUGAACCAGAAUGGUAUGUUAAUAAUUUACUUGAUUAAGCAGCUCCCUUAUAAUAGAAUGCAGAGGUUCACCACUACUAAUCCUAAGCCUGAUCCUGAACCAGUUCUGUCUUGAUGUUUCUUUCCCAUGUCAUUGAUCAAGAAACUAUAUUUCUGGUGCAUAUGUACAUUAGUUAUUAUUUAUGCUGGGCAGAAUUAUUCAUAGUAAUUAAAGCAGAGGAAAAGGGUAAUUAUAAAUGCAGGGAAAAUAUGUGUUUCAGAUCUUGGAACAAAGGAUAAUCUGUUGUCAAUAAGUUUGAUGUACUGAAACUCAGUACAUGAAGGUAACUUUAUUGUCAAGAUUUCCUCUAGUCCCUCUGAGAAUUUUUUGAAAACUGGCUCAAGUUAAUUUCUUGUCACGUAUAUUCAUACUAUGAAUAUUUUACAGUUUGUAUUGGAGUUAUUUGUUACUGUUUGCUGCAUUUAAAAACUUUUCUAGGUUGCGGUUCGUUGCGUGUACAGAAAGAAAAUGUGAGACAGUAUGCAGCCUGCAAUCUGACUUGGGAAGGUGAAGGAUUAGAUGGACUUUCUUCAACUGUUUGACCCCUGUCCUCCGGAUGAAACUUGUGAUGUGCAUGGUGACAUCACAGAUCAGCUGCCUCCAGAGCCUCAAGUUGGGAAUGUUGAGUAUAAGCUGAAACUGGUCAACCCCUCAAAGCAGCGAUUUGAACACCUGGUUACGCAGAUGAAAUGGCGGCUCCGCGAAGGACAGGGGGAAGCAAUCUACGAAAUUGGGGUUGAAGACAGUGGUGUACUCACGGGACUAGCAGAGUAUGAGAUGACUGCAAGCUUGCAAACACUCCAACAGAUGGCAUAUAAGCUGGGUGCCACAACCACAAUCCUCAGAGAGCGGCUUGUGGAUGGUGAUAAUGUUGGUGGCAGAAAGGUGGCAGAGGUUUUGGUUAGGAAGGUACCAGAUGACCAGCACAACAUAGAGGUGCGUGUGGCAGUGAUGGGGAGUGCGGACGCUGGCAAGUCUACGUUGCUGGGGGUGUUGACACAGGGGCAACUGGACAAUGGGCGAGGUCGAGCCCGUCUCAACAUGUUCAGGCACCUCCAUGAAGUGCAGUCUGGAAGAACCUCGUCAAUCUCUCAUGAAAUUCUGGGAUUUGAUACACGGGGCCAUCUGGUUAACUAUAGUGAAUUCACAACAGCAGAAGAGAUCUGUGAAAAUUCUACAAAACUGGUCACAUUCAUCGAUCUGGCCGGUCAUCGCAAGUACCUGAGAACGACGGUGCUGGGGCUGACUGGUUAUUCGCCACACCACGUGAUGCUGGUUGUCAGUGGGAGUGCUGGGAUUGUUGGCAUGACACAGGAGCACCUUGCCUUGGCUACUGCCCUUGAUGUGCCAUUCUUCAUAACCAUCACCAAAACAGAUGUAACGACGCCUGCGGACACAUUGCUCAGCCUGGAGGCCAUGCUGAAGUCUGCGGGUUGUCGCAAGGUUCCACUUGUGGUGACAAAUGAAGAUGAUGUUAUUACAGCAGGUUCCAAUCAGCUGGCAGAGAACAUCGUGCCAAUAUUCUGCGUGUCGAAUGUGACGGGCGACGGCCUAGAGCUGCUGACAAAGUUUCUGCAUGUACUACCGCCCGGAAUUAGUGUCAAAGAGAAGGAGCGUUUAGAACAGGAAUUAUGUGAAUUUCAAAUAGACGAGACAUUCCGCGUUCCGGAAGUGGGUACAGUUGUUGGAGGUUUGCUGAUAAAGGGGGUGGUUGCAGAGGGAGUCAAACUUGUUGUAGGGCCAUUAAAUGAUGGCAGGUUUCUGCCAGUGACUGUGCAAUCAGCACAUCGUAAUAAGGCUCCUUGUCGGAUAGUGCGAGCAAGCCAGAGUGCGUCCCUGGGACUGAAUCGGGAAGUGCCAGGAUUAAGAAAUGGCAUGGUGUUGCUCAGUCCAGAGUCAAAACCUGUUGGUUGUCUCUUUUUCCAGGCGGCAGUAUGCGUACUGUUUCACGCGACUGCAAUCUAUCCGGGUUUUCAAACAACGGUGCACAUCGGUAACAUCCGUCAGACGGCCGUGAUCGAAGGCAUCAUGGCCUCGGGGGGAAUCCAUACUAAUGAUAGAGCGUCGGCGCUGUUCCGCUUUCUCAGACACCCGGAGUACGUCAAAGUCGGAAUGAGGCUGUUGUUUCGGGAGGGCCGUACGAAAGGGAUCGGCAAAAUCACUUACUGAUGCAAGUAUAAUGCAUCGGGGACUGUGCGGCUUGGUCUGGGAGACGAGGCGGCCGACAGGGUGACCGUGCGUGUUGGAAAUGCCAUUCCACGUUAUGUCACUGGUAUAGUCGCCAAAUAUGGCGAAUCUCUUAAAAGAAAAACCCUCUGUUGUAAACUUGUUUGUACUCGGGAUACAAAAGUUGUCAUUGUAGUUAACGUAAACAUAAUGAAAGGCCAUCUUCAGGCGCUAGUUCGUAUUUUGACAAAAGCAGCCGCAUACAAUGUUAAAAAUAACACUGACAAUUCCAUAAUUUUAAAAAUUGGCAUCAUAUUUGCAAGUAGCCCAAAAGCUCAGAUUUUUUAUACACGUUUCAUCUUUAUAAUAAUAAUAAUAAUAAGCUGUCAUAAAUUAAAAUUAUAUAAUUCAUGUGGCACUUGCUAAAAACAAAAUCUAUCCCAGAAAUAGCUGCUGCCCUAUGUACCUUAGGGACAAGGUCUGUCUCGGGUACAUGGAAGUGGUGAAGAGAUGGGAUGAUAAUAAUAAUAGUACUUAGCUUAUUGAAGACGCGGUUUUUCGUUGCUAAGUCUUUAAACAUUGAAUGAUCUCUCUAAAACUGCUUACGUAGCUUUUUCCCUUUCAUUAUCAUUUAGAUGUUAAUAACACGAAGUGAUUCCAGUGCAGAGCCGAAUGCGUGCGCCAUAUUUUUCCAGAGGAACAAUGAAGCCUGCAGUUACCCGUUAUACUGAAUGUAAAUUUGCCUUCAAUGAAUGUUUACAUUUUUAAAAAUUAAACUAUUUUUUGCCUUA